ACCGCCCGCUAUUCUGACAUCAUUUCCGGCGCACAUCCUCGAGACCAGACACUGCUACCAAUAUGGCGUCCGGCAGUGGGAAUAAGAAUGACUUUCGGAGAAAGUGGGAUAAAGAUGAGUACGAGCAGCUGGCCCAGAAACGCCUCACCGAGGAGCGCGAGAAGAAAGAUGGAAAACCGGCCCCCCCUGUCAAGCGGGAGCUCUUGCGACACAGGGACUACAAGGUUGACUUGGAGUCCAAGCUGGGCAAGACCAUUGUCAUCACAAAGACAACGCCACAGGCUGAAAUGGGCGGCUACUACUGCAACGUCUGUGACUGCGUCGUAAAAGAUUCCAUCAACUUCCUAGAUCACAUCAAUGGCAAGAAGCACCAAAGAAACCUGGGAAUGUCCAUGAGAAUCGAGCGCUCCUCGCUGGACCAGGUCAAGAAGCGUUUCGAAGUCAAUAAGAAAAAGCUGGAGGAGAAACAGAAGGAGUAUGACUUUGAGGAGCGCAUGAAGGAGCUACGGGAGGAGGAGGAGAAGGCAAAGGCCUACAAGAAGGAGAAGCAGAAGGAGAAAAAACGAAAAGCAGAGGAGGACCUCGCCUUCGAGGAAGAUGACGAGAUGGCUGCCGUGAUGGGCUUUUCCGGCUUUGGCUCCUCCAAGAAGGGCCACUGAUGGCAUGGAGUUCGUCCACAGAACUGCAGGCUCUGAAUUCCAGCACUCAGACGCCCCCCCCCUUCCUUUUUGUUGAGAGAAGCAGUAGUCGGUCCCUUCUCGGCGACCUGUGGGAAGCCGCGGCCUUGAUUACUUCCUCCACUGACUCCCCACCACUGCUGUGUGUCGCAUAAGGGGGGGGUUACAGCCCAGAUUCCGGGCACUGAUUAAAAAUAAUGGGAAAGGGUUUUUUUAUUGUUAUUUAAAGAGUAAGUUGAGUUGGCUGUGUGAGCAUGCAGACUUUCUUUGCAACUCGUUCCACACAGUUGGCUGAAAACUUAAAACCGUCUGUGGGGGGGACAUCUUAGUUUUUAUAUAUCGAGAACGAAACCCAUCCCAAAACGUCCUCCUCACGCUUAAUAUUUUGACCAGCUUAGGAUCUUCACAUGUAUAGUGUAAGAGAUGUGCAAGGAGCCUCUGUGUUCUGUGCUCCUUGUUGGAUCAAGGGAAGUUUGAUUUAAUAAACAGCGCGACUUUUGUGCAA